AAAAUAUUCUUGAACUUAGGAAUUCUAGUGACGAAGAACCAGACUCAGACCACGAAUUAAAUAUUGACCUAGCUGAUCUUGUUUACACUGUCCCACCUUCUCCACCUUCUGUUUAUCAACCUCUUGUUAUACCCUUACCCCUACUACCACCUCUCAAUCCCUCUAAUCCUCUUGCCAAUAUGA